UUGUAUGUAGACUGUUGUGUAAAUAAUAUAAUUUGAAUGUCGAUGUAAAAUAAGACAAACGGCAAACAAAUUAAUUAACAUAAGCGGUAAAUAUUUGUAUAUGCGACAUGAAAGCUUUCAUUAUUUAUCAUUUCUAGUGAUGUCACUUCCGGAAACUCACUUCCCUUCCAUUUCCUUUUAAAGGUUUCUUUCCAAGCAUAAGUCAGAUAUAUAUAUAAUAAGAAAACACAAUAGCUCGUUAUCACAAUACGGAAAGUUUUAUUUCAUACCUUAUUUUUUUUAAGUAUAUUAAGCUACAUUAACUAGCUUGUUUUCUAUGUCACAGAAAUUGUUUAAACUUUCCGAAAUCUUAAAAUCUAACCUACCAAUGUAUCACUGGGUCAUGUGAAAGUAAAGCUGCAGGUGUGUAAAACUAUUACACGGUUGUGCCUUCUUGUGUUUUCAUCAGAAAAUUCGUUGUUUGAGUUGUGACAGCUAAGCCUAAUAUUACGUUAGAACUGAACUUCACCGGGGAUGUAUUUGUUUAGUGUUUUUCUCAUAUUCUACAUUUCCAAAGUGUUUGGUUUUAACAUAGACAUCAACUUCCCACUUGUUUAUAAGAGCUCAGGAAGAGAUUGGCAAAGUAGCUAUUUCGGAUAUUCUGUAGCUUUUCAUCAAAAUAGCGACGGUAAAAUGUUAUUGGUGACGGCCCCCAAAGCUAGCACUACUGCCUUCGGACCAGGUGUUAUAGAACCAGGGAUGUUAUACAAAUGUCUUUUCAAAGAUGUGGGGUCUCCAACCAAUUGUGUUGAAGUUGAAAUUGACCGCACUGGCAAUAACAAUAUAGUCAACAACGGAUCGUUUUCGUAUGAAGAUCUUAAAAACAACAUGUGGUUAGGUGUCUCAAUGGAUGUGCAACGACAGGGAGAAAAAAAUGUUGUGGUUUGUGCACACCUUUGGAAAAAUCAAAAGUUUUCCGAUUAUAAGCCAAACGGUGUUUGCUACUUCCUUGAUAAAACCCUUAUGCUAUCUAAUGUUAAGAAACUUCUUCCAUUCGUCGAUUCAUGUAAGUAUUUAUGUAAAGGAAAAUCAAAGUUCUUCUUCCUGUAA